UGAAAACAAUAGACCGGAAGUCGCAGUGGGCUCGUAGGGUUAGGCUCCGAUCAGAGUCACGGCAGGUACGGGGCAGUCGUCCACCAUGGCUGAGACCCACAGUUUACAGGACCUCCAGCAGCCAGCUGUCUCCUCCAAGGUGUUCAUCCAGAGAGACUACAGCUCAGGAACCAUCUCCAAGUUCCAGACCAAGUUCCCCUCUGAACUGGAGUCAAGGCUUGAUAAGCAGCAGUUUGAGGAAACCAUCCAGACUCUAAACAACCUGUAUGCAGAGGCAGAGAAAUUAGGGGGGAAGUCGUAUUUGGAGGGCUGCCUGGCUUGUCUAACUGCCUAUACAAUAUUCCUCUGUAUGGAGACACACUAUGAAAAGGUGUUGAAGAAGAUUGCGAGGUACAUUAAGGACCAGAAUGAGAAGAUUUAUGCUCCCAGGGGCUUGCUGUUGACUGAUCCCAUAGAGCGAGGCCUCAGAGUUGUUGAAAUAACCAUCUUUGAAGACAGAAGUAUUGGAUCUGGAAGAUAAAGAAGCUUGGGGCUGGUGGCUGACCAGAUAAUCUUCAUCUGUCUGGGGACCCAUAUUGAGAUGUCUGCUUCACCUGAAUGGAUGUAUAUAAUUUUGAUCUGAUCCUUUUCGCUGUUAUUUAUAAGUAUUCCUCUGUCUGCCUAUUCUUAUAUGUUUGUAAUUGUGUUUUCAUGUCUUUUUAUACAUGCGGUGAUGAAUAAAUUACACCCUAGCUGUCAAAGAUCAGUCUUUAUGAACAGUGCCAUUGUGUUAAAUGAAACUUUUUGACCAUGGUAAAUGUAAGUGAUUUGACUUGUGUAUUUUUGCAACUAAUAUAAAGUCAAAGAAAUAGAGAUGGAGUCGUUGGCACAGUCUGUAAAUGGUAAUCCUGUUUAGGGCUGUGCUACAGAGUAUUAUCAUGCUGGUUUUAGCCUUUCUUGAGGCAAAUGUUUUCUUAUCUGUGCAUGACUGUGACUUUCUUUUGUGGAGGGGAUCAUGUCUCAUAAAACAUGCAUAAAGGAAGCUCUGAACUGGAAUUUUUUGUGACUGAAGAUAGAGCAUGUCUACUGUUAAUAAGUCCAUCACAAAGUAAAAGUGUGAUCAAGUACAUUUUGAGAAACGUCUGUUUCUGUGUCAUACAUAGUACAAAGUCACUAAAUCUCCCAAAUCAUGUUCAACAGCCCUGUUAUGUUUCUCAUAAGUUUCACCACCCACAGUGCGAAUGUCAUCCCCUUUUUUUCAUUAUCACCAAAACACCACAGAAACCUUAAAAUACUCAAUUCCACAGAUGAUUGCUUAUUGUUGGUGUUUGAUACAACUGGUGUACUUUUCUUACAAUAUUGUUCUGUUUUAUCUUAAUAAAUAUCCUUUUCCUGAAA